ACUGAGAGUCGAGUCUUAGUUGUUUCGGUUUUCUCCUCCGCUUCCUCCACCGCCGGACUACCGCUUCCGCCGCCUUAAACACCCGAAAUGAAGGCUACCCGGUUUUCUUCAGCUAAACCCGUUCAAGCUCUGAAGCCGACGAAGACUGUUUCUUUAGAUGAAGAUCCCACUAAAGCCUCCGAUGCAUUGCCGCUUCCUUUGCACCUGACGAAUGCUGCUUUCUUUACCCUUUUCUUCUCGCUGGUUUACUUCCUUCUUUCACGUUGGCGUGAAAAGAUCCGUACCUCCACGCCUCUCCACGUCGUCACCUUCUCCGAGAUCGUCGCGAUUAUCGCCUUUGUAGCAUCGUUCAUUUACCUUUUGGGGUUCUUCGGGAUUGACUUUGUUCAGUCUUUGGUUUUCCGACCGUCCCCCGACGUUUGGAUUUCCGAGGACGAGGAAGAGGAAAAUGAAUUUUUUCUUUGUAAAGAAGAUGCCCGCAAAGUCCCUUGUGGACAAGCUCUAGAUUGCUCGCUGCCUCCGCUGGCUCCUCAGGCAACCAUCGUAACUGCCCAGAAAGUGUUCGAUGAAAAGCCUGUGACAGUUUUAAUGGAGGAAGACGAGGAGAUAAUUAAAUCCGUAGUGGCGGGAACUACCCCUUCUUAUUCGUUGGAAUCGAAACUAGGUGAUUGCAAGAGAGCGGCUGCAAUCAGGCGUGAAGCGUUGCAGAGAUUAACCGGGAAGUCGUUGUCUGGAUUGCCCUUGGAGGGGUUCGAUUACGAGUCGGUUUUAGGGCAGUGUUGCGAGAUGCCGGUCGGGUACGUGCAGAUUCCCGUGGGAAUCGCUGGCCCUCUGUUGCUUAAUGGAAGAGAGUUCUCUGUUCCUAUGGCAACCACUGAAGGAUGCUUGGUGGCCAGCACUAAUAGGGGCUGCAAGGCUAUUCAUUUGUCCGGUGGAGCUACUUGUGUUCUGUUGAAAGAUGGAAUGACUAGAGCCCCGGUUGUACGGUUCGGUACAGCGAAAAGGGCAGCUGAUUUGAAGUUGUAUUUGGAGGAUCCCGAUAACUUCGAGACCUUAUCUGUUGUUUUCAACAGAUCCAGUAGAUUUGGUAGGCUUCAAGGUAUCAAGUGUGCAAUUGCAGGGAAAAAUCUGUAUAUGAGAUUCACUUGCAGUACCGGUGAUGCCAUGGGGAUGAACAUGGUUUCCAAGGGAGUCCAAAAUGUUUUGGAUUUCCUUCAAACCGAUUUCCCUGACAUGGAUGUCCUUGGCAUCUCUGGUGAGAAAUUUUGUUCAGACAAAAAACCAGCUGCGGUUAAUUGGAUCGAAGGACGAGGCAAAUCUGUUGUCUGCGAAGCCAUCAUUCCAGGUGAUGUGGUGAGGAAGGUCUUGAAGACAAGUGUGGAGUCUCUCGUGGAGCUUAACAUGCUUAAGAACCUUACUGGCUCAGCCAUGGCUGGAGCUCUGGGUGGAUUCAACGCUCAUGCCAGUAACAUUGUGUCUGCAGUCUACAUAGCUACUGGCCAAGAUCCGGCUCAAAACAUCGAGAGCUCUCAUUGCAUCACCAUGAUGGAAGCUGUUAACGCCGGCAAGGACCUUCACGUCUCUGUCACAAUGCCUUCUAUCGAGGUUGGCACUGUUGGUGGUGGAACUCAACUUGCAUCUCAGUCAGCCUGUUUGAAUUUACUCGGAGUGAAAGGUGCGAGCAAAGAGAUGCCCGGAGCGAAUUCGAGGACACUGGCAACCGUAGUAGCCGGUGCCGUCCUUGCGGGGGAGUUGUCGCUCAUGUCUGCAAUUUCAGCCGGUCAACUAGUAAAUAGUCAUAUGAAGUACAAUAGGUCAAGUAAGGAUGUUUCCAAGGCUUCUUCCUAGAGAGGAGAAAAGUCCCCAUGGAAGAGAUGCACCAAGGAAACAAAUCUCUUUGUAAUAAGUUGGAAGGAGAUACGGUCUAUUUUUAAUUUUUAAUUUAUUUAUUUUGCUUUUAUAUUAUAUAAUCCAAGACAAAAUCCCAGGGCAUGUAACCUGAUAAAACGUGUAAAAUAAUAGAAUUGUUAAUUAACAUAUUU